UGGACCCUCCUAUGCCCCGCUGGGGACUCACCAGUCCGGCCAGGGGAGACCAGUGCGGCUGGGACACACCGGUGUGGUUGGUGGCGAAUGUCACCCACGGCGGGUGCCCCGUGCCAUGACACCCAUGGCGGGGUGUCUGGAGGUGCCGCAGCGGGUGUCACCGGCAGCACCGGGCAGGGCUGUCCCUCGGCUGCCCAGCGGCCCCACCGCCCCCGCGCAGGGCAGCUAAAGAUAACGCGGCCCCCACGGUCCGGCCGGGUUAAUCUUCACCCGCCUGCUGCUGUAAUGAGGCCUCAUUAGCGGCCAUUACACCGGCCCGAGAAGGACAGCCCUGGGACGGUGACACAGGGACAGGGGACCUCGGGCAGGUACAGCCUGCGGGCACGGCAGGGACGCCCCUGGCCGGUGACAUGGCACAGGGGGGUGCAGGCGUAGCCAAGCGCCUGGGGACGCUCCUCUCGGGGCUGCUGGAGUGCGGCGGCUUCUGCGGCAUCAUCUUUGGCUGGGCCUCCCUCGUCUUUGUCCUCAAGGACCUGGGCUACUUCCAGGAGCUGUGCCAGCCCAGCACCAACCUCACCGAGCUGCCCGGCUGCAGUAGGCAGGAUGAGGAGUUCUCUCUGGUCUUCACCAUCGGCUCCUUCAUGAACAACUUCAUGACCUUCCCCACCGGCUUCAUCUUUGACCGCUUUGGCACCACCAUCGCCCGUCUUGUCGCCAUCUCUCUCUACACUGGCGGGACCCUGCUCGUCGCCUUCUCCACCCCAGCGCUGGCAGUGCUGCUCUUCCCGGCCAUGUCCAUGCUGUCGGUGGGUGGAAUGCUCCUCAUCCUCACCAACACGCAGGUGGGAAACCUCUUUGGGAAGUACCGCUCCAUCAUCAUCACCCUCUACAACGGGGCCUUCGACUCCUCGUCCGCUGUCUUCCUCAUUGUCAAGGUGCUGUACGAGCGUGGGCUCUCCCUGCGGACCAUGUUCCUCUUCAUGGCGGCCUGCAGUGCCUGGCACCUGCUGCGCACCCUGUUCCUCAUGCCCCGCUCCCGCAUCCCCUACCCGCUGCCCCCCGCCUACGACUAUGGGCUGCGGUGCCCAGGGCGGUCCCAGUCGUACCGCACCUACGAGGAGAAGCGUCCGCCGGAGGAAACCGGCCCCGAGGAGACCCCGCUGGAGCCCAGCGCCCCCACAGGCGCUGGGGACGUGCCCACGGUGCCCUUCAGGGCCUGCGUGUGCUCGGCACUCUUCGCCUGGCACGUGGUCUGGCUCUCGGUCAUGCAGCUGCGGCACUACCUCUUCAUCGGCACCCUGAACCCGCUGCUGCAGCACCUGGCGCACGGGGACACCCACCUGGCACCUACACCAACGCCUUCGCUGUCACCCAGCUCUGUGGGGUGCUCUGCGCCCCGUGGAACGGCUUCAUCCUCGACCGGCACAAGCGUGGCAAGACCCCCCGCCCCGAGGGUAACCCACCGGCCCCCCUGCCCCACAGGAGCCCUGGGGACGCUGGCUGACCUGCGCGCAUCUGUGCUGUCGCUGGUGGUGACGGUGACGCAGUGUGUGCUGUUCUCGAUCUGCGCGGCUGUGCCGGUGCUGCCCGUCCAGUUCGGCACCUUCGUGCUGCAGGUGCUGAGCCGCUCCUUCCUCUACGGGGGCAACGCCGCCUUCCUGGCCAUCGCGUUCCCCCCACAGCACUUUGGGAAGCUGUACGGGCUGGCCAUGGCGCUGUCGGCGCUGGUGGCCCUGCUGCAGUACCCCUGCGUCACCCUGGUGCGCGGGCCACUCGAUGGGGACCCCUUCUACGUGAACGUGGGGCUGAUCGCCGUGGUGCUGGUGGCCUUCGUCAGUCCCGUGGUGGUGGCCCGCAAGUGCCGCCAGCUAGCCAAGGAUCUGGGGGCGGCCGGCACCCCCCUCACAGCCCCACCCAGUGCCGAGACCCCCACUGAGCUGCCCCACUGAGUCCCGCACCCCCCAGCUGCCAGCCCAGCACCCCAUUUUCUAUUGGACUGGGUGGGGUGCUGUGCUGGUGGGAUGGGGGGUGUGUGCAGGGAAUAAAUAUUGGUGACCUCA